AUGAAGCCAUCAUUAGGACUGCCGGCGUUGACCGUGGGUUUGCAUUUGGCGAGUGUGAAAGCCAUUGAUGUCACAUGGACAGACCAAGGGUGGGAGGCCGGUGCCAUGUUCGGCACAUUGAUAGACUACUGGUGGCUUACGGGUGACGACUCUUACAACAAAAUCACUACACAAGCCAUGCUUCACCAAGUCGGCGACGACAACGACUACAUGCCUCAGAACCAGACCCUCACGGAAGGAAACGACGACCAGGGCUUCUGGGCGAUGGCCGCCAUGUCCGCAGCCGAACACAAAUACCCGAACCCGCCAGAAGGCUCACCGCAGUGGCUCGCCCUAGUCCAAGCAGUCUUUAACGAGUACGUCUCCCGAUGGGACACGCAGAGCUGCGGCGGCGGCGUGCGAUGGCAAAUCUUUACGUGGAACGCCGGCUUCGACUACAAAAACUCCAUCGCCAACGGGUGCUUCUUCAACGUGGCGGCACGCCUGGCGCGGUACACGGGGAACACGACAUACUCGGACUGGGCGGAGAAGGUCUGGACCUGGGAAACGAGCGUCGGGCUGCUCACAUCCGACAACAAAGUGCUGGACGGCAUCCACUUUGAGGGCAAGUGCCCCAGCUCUACGGAUAGCACACAGUGGUCCUACAAUGCCGGGAUUUUUCUCUACGGCGCGGCGGUGAUGUACAACAUCACGGGGAACGACACGUGGAAGACGCGGCUCGACGGGAUGCUCACGGACGUCCAGGGGGUGUUUGUCCAGAACGGCAUCAUCUACGAGGCGUACUGCGAGCCUACCGCGCAAUGCAGCCAGGACGCGCAGAGCUUCAAGGGGUACCUCGCGCGGUGGCUGGCCGCCACGUCGCAGGUCGCCGCGCACACCGUCGACACAAUUACGACGCUGCUGCUGGCAAGCGGUAAGAAGGCGGCGCUGAGCUGUUCGGGGUCGCCUGCUUCGGGGUUCAAGGGCCAAGCGGGGACGGCGUGCGGGUUCUCGUGGCUGAAUGGGACGUUUGACGGAUUGGUGGGCGUGGGACCGCAGAUGUCGUCGCUGCAGAUGAUUAUGUAUAACCUCGUUGACACGGCCGAGGUUCCUGUCACUGCUACCACGGGAGGAAAUUCUACAGGAAAUGUCAAUGGAGGGAAGACCGAUGAUGGGUCGGGGUCGGGGUCGGCGAAUCCUCUCAAGGCCAUUACUACCGCAGACAAGGCCGGCGCGGCUAUCUUGACGAUCAUGGUUACGGCCAGUGUUGUCGCUGGCACUGUGUUUCUCAUCAUGUAG